CUCCGCGGGGCUCCGCGGGCGCGGAGCGGCGGCGGCGGCGGCAGCAGCAGCAGCAGCGGCAGGACCGGCGGCCGAGGAGGAGGAGGAGGACGGGGCUGGGCGCCCGGCUCGCCGCUCUUCCUGCCGGGGACGUACACACUCGUUCAUGCACGAGCGCUUUUCUUUUUUUUUUUUUUUUCCCGGGGAUUUUUUUCCAUUAUUAUUAUUUUUUCCUUCUUUUUCCUUUUUUUUCCUUCUUUUUUUUUUUUCCUCCCCCUCCGAGGGGUUUUCUUUUCGCUCAGUACCUCGCAACUGCCAAAUCCUACCUGCACAAACUCCUGGCCGCCGACCCCGCCACCACGAGUCCUGGAGCCGGGGUUUUCGGGGUUUGGGGGGCGCGCCGCCUGCCCCCCCCGUCCCCCGCGGCCGUGCCCAGCGCUGAGAGACUCUCCUGAAACGCCGGAGGCAGGCGGAAAGCACUUGUGAACUGGACCAGCUGCUUCGGGGAGGGGGGAGACCCGAGGUGGUGGUGAGGAAAAAAAGCAGACCGACACCCCCCCGCCCCUCCAAAAAAAAAAAAAAGAAAAAAAAAAAAAAACAACCAAACCAGCCCAAAACGCCCCGAGAGGAAAACAAAAAAAAAAAAAAAAAAAAAGCCAAACUUGGACGGGCGGCUCGCGGCGCUGCUUUUGCAGAAACUCCGUCUGACCGCCGGCGGCCCCGCUGCCGCCGCCGCCUCGAGGGGGAGAGGACCGCGCCGCCGGGGACGAGGCGCCGGUGUGGAAGUACGAGCGGUGCGGGGAGCGGGGGCGCGGCCGCGGGGGGCUGCGCGGCCCCGGUGCCGCUGUGAGAAGAAGUUGCGCGCCCUGCCCCGCGCCGGAGCGGCGCUGAGACCCGGCGAGCCCCCCCCCGCCGCCGCCGCCGCCGCCGCCGCCGCCGCGAUGGUGCAGCAGACCAACACGGCGGAGAACACGGAGGCGCUGCUGGCCGCCGAGACCUCCGACUCCGGGGCCGGCAUCGAGCUGGGCAUCGCCUCCUCCCCGACGCCGGGCUCCACCGCCUCGACGGGGGGCAAGGCGGACGACCCGAGCUGGUGCAAGACGCCCAGCGGGCACAUCAAGCGGCCCAUGAACGCCUUCAUGGUGUGGUCGCAGAUCGAGCGGCGCAAGAUCAUGGAGCAGUCCCCCGACAUGCACAACGCCGAGAUCUCCAAGCGCCUGGGCAAGCGCUGGAAGCUGCUCAAGGACAGCGACAAGAUCCCCUUCAUCCGGGAGGCGGAGCGGCUGCGCCUCAAGCACAUGGCGGACUACCCCGACUACAAGUACCGGCCCAGGAAGAAGGUGAAGUCGGGCAACAGCUCCGCCAAGCCCGGCGACAAGGCGGACAAGGGCGGCGGGGGCGGGGGCAGCCCCGGCGGCCCCGCGGCCCCCGCCAAGCCCGCCCCGAAGAAGGGCGGCGGCGGCGGCUCCGGCUCCAAGCCCUCCCCCGCGGCCGGCGGCGGCGGUGCGGGCGGCAAGCCCCACGGCAAGGCGGCGGCGGCGGCGGCGGGGGCGGGCGGCAAGGCCGCCCCCUUCCCCGGGGAGCCGCCGGCCGCGCUGCUGCCGCCCGAGCACCAGGCGCUGUACAAGCCCCGGGGGGCGGCGGGCGCGCCCUCGGGUCCCGGCAAGCCGCUGGCCGAGAAGAAGCUGAAGCGGGUCUACAUCUUCGGGAGCGGGCAGGCGGCGGCGGCCGCCGCCGCCGCCUCCUCCUCCGCCUCCCCCGGCGGCGGGGGCGCGGUGCCCGGCAGCCCCACGCUGAGCAGCUCGGCGGAGGCCGGCGACCCCUUGAGCCUGUACGAGGAGGGGGGCGGCGGGGCGGGCCGGCCCGACGGGGACUGCGGCGGGGCCGCCUGCCCCUCGCCCUCCGGCUCCGGUUCGGGCUCCCCCUCGGAUCACCGCAGUUACACCAGCCUGCGCGCCUCCUCGCCGGCCCCCUCGACGGCGCAUUCCUCCUCCGCGUCCUCCCACUCCUCCUCCUCUUCCUCCUCCGGCUCCUCUUCGUCGGACGACGAGUUCGAGGACGACCUCUUGGACCUCAACCCCAGCCCCGGCUUUGAGAGCAUGUCCCUGGGCAGCUUCAGCUCCUCGGUGCUCGACCGGGACCUGGAUUUUAACUUCGAGCCCGGCUCGGGCUCGCACUUUGAGUUCCCGGACUACUGCACGCCGGAGGUAAGUGAGAUGAUCUCGGGGGACUGGCUGGAGUCCAGCAUUUCCAACCUGGUCUUCACUUACUGAGGCGAGAGCCGGGCCCCGCUGGAGGAGGCACAGACGCGCGUUGUCGGCUGGACUCGCCCACCCCGCCCGGGCGCUUUUCUUUCUGGGUUUGGGUUGGGUUGGGGUUUUGGGGAGGGG